AAGUGCUGCAUGCGCGCCGCCGACCAGUACAUCCACGUCCUCCGUGCUGACAGUCCUAGCCCUUUUCAACGCGACUCCUAGGCGACAUGUCCGAGCACGCUGUCGAGGGGCGUGGCGACACCGAGCUCGAGUCGACGCCGACGCCACACCCUCGAUUGCAUCAGCGCCCGAGCCGUCGGCCCAGCUCCGCACGCUCCUGCCCCGUAUUCCGAUACCAGCUAUCUCUUCUCCGGCACGCAGGCCACAGUCUAGUGUACCUGCACCUUCAGCUGUCCAUCGACGGGUUGUCCGACGCUCUUUCCGCUCUUCAACAGCCAAGUAUGCGCGCCGUUCGCCUUGCGAGCGCAGAGGCUCGCUGGGACCAUCUUGGACUCACGCAGUGCUCGAACCUCUUCAUUCUCAGCAUGGGAGUGAUGCCCCCCGGACCGAACGCGGACGUACUAGUACACCGAAGGUCCGGGACACAACUCCUUCCGCCACCCCCUACAACCCCUGCACCGCUGCUUCCCGCCGUCCGACGCUCCACAAACUGCCGAUUGGCUGUGCUGUGAGGACUCGUCAACGGACGGCGUGAGCGGCGCGCCUUAUGUACGCGUCCCCCACUCUCAAGGUACUAUAUGCGCGCCCCCGUGCUCGAGGCUGCCGGCUUCUAGCUCGCGUUCGAGGAGAACGUGCACGGGGCGCAUGGCGUUGGCGAGUCACUGCUGCCGGAUCCGAUCUUGCUUGGAGAGGCGUGAUGAGGAUAGAGUGCGUGGCGAACGCCCUCGAGCGGAUCCGAGUCUCCAAG